CGUCGCACUGUCCGCAGUCGGGUGCAGAGACUGAGAGCGGUUGAGGGGGCGGCCGGGACUGGUAUCUUUUCCUUUCCUAUUCGUGCUGAGGCAGCGCCGGCUCUGCCUUCUCUCGCCGCGCUGCCGUGCGCCCCUUGCCCGGCUCCCCGUGUCCGCUUUUUCUGGUCCCCGCAGCGAAUUGGGGGCCUCCAGGUUUCCGAGGUAACGGCCGCCGCUCCGCGCGGGAGUGAGGGGCGCGCCCCUCUUCGGCCCAGCCAACCCGGCGCCUGGCCCGCGCCUCAAUGGGCCCAACCCGGAAGCCCAACGUGUGCCGCCGGCUGAGUCACCGGGCGCUGGGCUUCUUCUCGCGCGACGCAGGCGUGGUGCAGAGGACGAACCUGGGCAUCCUGCGGGCGCUGGUGUGCCAGGAAAGUACUAAAUUUAAGAACGUUUGGACUACUCAUUCCAAGUCACCUAUAGCCUAUGAGAGAGGAAGAAUAUAUUUUGACAAUUAUCGGUGCUGUGUCAGCAGUGUUGCUUCAGAGCCAAGAAAACUUUAUGAAAUGCCAAAAUGUUCGAAAUCGGAAAAAAUAGAGGACGCUUUAUUAUGGGAAUGCCCAGUGGGGGACAUGCUGCCCAAUCCAUCAGAUUAUAAAUCCUCUCUCAUAGCAUUGACUGCUCAUAAUUGGCUGCUUCGUAUAUCAGCAACUACAGGAAAAGUGCUUGGGAAGGUUUAUCUUGCUUCAUAUUGCAAAUUCAGAUACGUGAGCUGGGACACUCCUCAAGAAGUCAUUGCAGUCAAGUCGGCUCAGAACAAAGGCUCAGCGUUGGCCCGGCAGGCAGGCGUUCGACAGCCUGUUUUGCUGUACCUUGCAGUGUUCCGUGUUUUACCUUUUUCACUCAUAGGGGUUCUGGAGAUCAACAAAAAGAUUUUCGGGAAUGUAACAGAUGCUACCUUGUCUCAUGGAAUACUGAUUGUGAUGUACAGCUCUGGAUUGGUCAGACUCUAUAGCUUCCAAGCCAUCGCUGAACAGUUCAUGCAACAGAAACUUGACUUAGGGUGUGCAUGCAGAUGGGGUGGGACUACUGGAACUGUAGGAGAGGCUCCUUUUGGCAUUCCUUGUAAUAUUAAAAUCACAGACACGCCACCACUGCUCUUUGAGGUGUCCUCCCUGGAGAAUGCUUUUCAGAUUGGAGGCCAUCCUUGGCACUACAUCAUCACACCUAAUAAGAAGAAACAGAAAGGAGUAUUCCAUAUUUGUGCCCUAAAAGACAAUUCCUUGGCAAAAAAUGGGAUCCAAGAAAUGGAGUGUUGUUCUCUAGAAUCUGACUGGAUCUAUUUUCAUCCCGAUGCUUCUGGUAGAAUAAUACAUGUUGGCCCAAAUCAGGUCAAAGUUUUAAAGCUAAAUGAAGUAGAAAAUAAUAGUGCUCAGCAUCAGAUCUCUGAAGAUUUUGUCAUUUUGGCCAACAGGGAGAAGAACAAAAGUGAAAACUUACCUACUGUUACAGCCUCUGGACGGGUGGUAAAAAAAAAAUUUAACCUUCUGGAUGACGACCCAGAACAAGAGACUUUCAAAAUUGUGGAUUAUGAAGAUGAGUUGGAUUUGCUUUCUGUGGUAGCUGUUACGCAAAUAGAUGCUGAAGGAAAAGCUCACCUGGAUUUCCACUGUAAUGAAUAUGGGACUUUACUUAAAAGCAUUCCACUAGUGGAGUCAUGGGAUGUGACAUAUAGCCAUGAAGUCUACUUUGACAGAGACUUGGUGCUACACAUAGAGCAGAAACCCAGCAGAAUUUUCAGCUGCUAUGUUUACCAGAUGGUAUGUGACCCUGGCGAAGAAGAAGAAACCAUAAACAGAAGUUGUGAAAAAGAGUGAGAUGAUUUUAAAUUUUGAGAUGUAACUUACUGAGACUUUUAGCCAAACACCCCAGCAGCUAUGUCCAGUCCUCCUUUUUAUUAUCUGCAGAGCACGUUCUCCAGUAUUUUCCAGAAAAGAUCUUGCGUUGACUUCAGAUGACUGACUUUUUUAAACUCUUGCCAUACAGGGUGGUGUAAAGGUUUUUUAGAAUGAUGGCCGAAGAAGUCUAGCAUUUUUGGAGCUUUUGGCUAGGUGGUGAUGCAAAUAUAAAAUGUUGGGGAGCAGAAAAAGAUUAAUUGUUGGGGAGUUGGGGAGAGGGUCAUUGAAGGGGAGGUGUUUAACAUGGUUCUUAAAGAAUGACAUGGAAUUUUGAUUGGUGAGACUAGGAGGGAGAGACGAGAAGAAAGAUACAAAAGAUACAGAAAGAAAUCCUGUAUCUUCUAUAACAAACUUUGCUUAAGUUUGAGAAAUGAGAUCUGUAAUAUGAACACAUACUUCUGAGCCAAAAAUGUGUCAUCAUGGUUUUCUAAAAAAUCCUAACAUAUGUAUAUAUGUUUUGUAUUUGUAUAUAGCAUCGGGAAUUGGCUCUAGUUCCCAGAUUAUUUUUUCUUCCAUGGUCUUAUUCUCUUGGCUUGAUGUUCCCAUUGGUUAUUUGUGCUUCUGUUAUAGACUAAUUUAAAAGAUUCCAAGCAAACUCUUAAGUGAAAUUUUUUCCAAGAUAUAGCCAUUUUGCUCUUAAUACAUCUAAGAAUGUUGCACUCAUUUUACCAUUCUCUUUAUUUGGUGAAUCUUCCAAUUCUGCUUAAGCAAUAUUUUCAUACGUAUGCAAUAAGAUAAAGGUAUCCUGGGUCACAGUUCUGCUCCCUGUAGAAGAGUAGAUAAAAGUCCUAAGAGUUCUUACUAUCUUGGGAACUGACUGAUUAGCUAGAAAAAGCUUUUGGCUCUAUCUUAGUUGUGAAAUAAGUAUUUUUUCUUUGUUAGAACCAAUCUAAACGGGUCAUUGAUCCUUAGAUUGAUCCUUUAACUCAGAAUUAUUCUUUUUCAGAAUGUUAAAUAAAAACGACGUAAGUAAAGGGAGAAAAUGCUUCUUUUUGCUUCCUGUUUGAGAAAUCUAGUUGCUUGCAAUCCACAUGUUCAGCACAUUUCUCUGAUUCAGCCUCAAAAGAAUAACUAGUCAAGAUAGAAGGGGAGGAAAGAGCAGUAAAAAUCAUUGCUGAUUCAAAUUUAAGGUUAAAAUAUGAGAUUUUAGCUUGGAUGAUUUACAUUAAAAUUCUUCAGUUUUUCCUUCAGUUUUGGCCUGGUCCCAUGUUAAGAAUGAUGUGAAUUCUGCCCUCUUCUGCCCUUGAAGUUUGCAGAUAAAUUUCAGUCUUAUGAUGAUUAACAGGGCUGAGGAGAAAAAGGUAUUAGCUAUUUCCAAAAGUCAAGAAAUUAGUAACAGAGUCCACAAAUUGAAAAGAAAGAAAGGCAACAAACCUAAAACUCUAUUGCGCAAUAAAAAAGAAGAUUUAGAACAUUUUAGAAUAAGAGAAAAUAUAUGUGGGCUAAAAAUAAAUCUUUCUGAAUCUGAUCAUUUGGGAAAGUAGAAGUGAUUACCUUGUGAGCAAGAUGAUAACACUAUCUUCGUAUAUUAAAUCCUAAUACUUUUAUAUCUACUAAUUGAAAAAUCCAUUCUCAUCUUAUGCAUAUUAAAAGUACUGUUUAAUAUAAUAUUUUAAGCUUUCUGAGCAUUUUAGAGACAUGAUUGUGAUUACAAAGCAGCUGAAUAGUUACGAUGUGCUAGAUAUUACCCCAAACUUCUAAUUAGACACUAACUAUAUCUAAACAGCCUUGCCCAGUGAAUUUACAUCUUGAAAAACAUGUGCAGUAAGAGGGAAUAGAUUAAAAAUACCAAAGAAAAGAAAGAUACCAGUGUUGUGUGGGUUUCAAAGCAGAAGCAGUGCUAUGUAAAAGCAGAAAGACCCAAGAGUGUUUCAGAAAAGGAUGUCUUAAGACUUCAAUCCUGUCAGAUUUUUUUUUCAAGAAGAGGUUUAUUGUUUCCCUUCUCCUUUAAAAAGUCUGCCUUCUUUUGAUGAAAUGAUAGAAAGGAACUCAUCUACUCAGAAAGGCAUCUGAGAACUAUCUGAGAUUCCUGGCUGCUUUUUUGGUGGGGCAGGGGUGAGUGGGUGCAAUACUUCUAGUCUAGAGAUGAACUGACCACUAAGAAAUUCUUAAUGUCUCACCACUGCCAAAAUCAAAGUAGACUAGGAUGGAAUUGCCAUAUGGGCCAGGCAGGAAAUGUACCUAGUGUGAAAGAUGAUAGGGAGUUGUGGGCAGUGUAACAAACAGGGGGGCUGUGCCCAACUAAAAGGACAAGCUGCUGCUAUUUCAUUUUAGUCGAUUGUAACAUUAUGUGGGAAUGUGGGCUGCAUGAUUGUUAACAGGAUGGUUGAUAAAAAGAUGCCGACAGACACAGAGAUAGCAAAGAAUGUGGGAAAGUUACAGAUAACACACAGCAGGAGACAAUAUAGCAUGCUUCCCAAAAAAAUAUGGACUUCCCAGCUCCCCACAGUGGAGUGCAUCAUUCUGCCACCUGCCAGGCAUAAAUGAGACUGCCAUUCUCUUGAGGGUGGAAGGAAGUGGUGCUUAAUAUUCUCCUGACCCACCUUAACCCUCCUCUCUACUUGAAUGUUUUAGAGACUUCAGCUGUGUGCCUACCAAUUUAACAGGUGCUAGUGACAAGCAUAAAGCAUUAUGGGUAACAUUUCUGAGUGUUUAAUGGGAGAGUGGGUGAGGCAGGGUAGCUUCUUUCAGCAGGUUCCCCAUAUUAAGCUGAUAAGAGGUUAUUUCUGCAUUUCACCCCUUGAUCUAAGAUUCUGUAUUCUCACAGUGUCAAUGCAGCAAGAUUAUUGUUGUUUGACUUUCUAAAACAUUUCUUGCCACUCUGGGAGAAAACAAAACAAAUCCUAUCAUAGUUACUAUUUGAACUACCUAGUGAGCAGAUGAUAUUGUUCUAUUCAAACAAACUAAGGUACUCUGCAUUCUUCCACCAAUUGAAUGUUUUGUUUCUUGUACAUAACUUUUUUUAAUGCUAAGUUGUAUUUAUUGAGUGCUUUCUAUCUACUGUUUACUGUGAUACGUGUAAAGUGAAUUGUCUCACAUAACAUUCAAGAUAACCAUAUGAGGUAUGACCUACAUUAUCCUUCCCCAUUUUACAAAUGAGGCUUACAGAAGUUAAUUUGCCCAGAGUCCCACAACUAAUAAGUGCACAUCUAGAUUUGUUUGAUAGAAACUUACUGGGGGCUGGCCUGGUGGCACAGCAGUUAAGUUUGCGCUCUCUGCUUCAGCGGCCCAGGGUUCACCAAUUUGGAUCCUGGGUGUGGACCUAGGCACCACUUGGCAAGCCAUGCUGUGGCAAGCAUCCCACAUAUAAAAUAGAGGAAGAUGGGCACAGAUGUUAGCUCAGGGCCAGUCUUCCCCCAAAAUAAAAGAAAUAUACCAAAUUUCCUCCAAAGCUCUCAAAAGGUAAAGGAUGUUAUUUUAUCCCACAUAUAGCAUACUGACAAUUAUGUUAGGUGAAUAGGAAAAUGCUUAAUUGUUUUUUUAAUGAUAAUUGCAUAUCCAAAUUUUGGACAAAGUUUGGAUGAGACACAAUUGGCCUAUUCACACAUAUAACUUGACAUAAAGAUAAUUCUUCAUUCAAUGGUUAAAAGUCAUUUUUUUUAAAGGUACAGAAAAUGGUAGUCAUCCUGUUUGUGGUGAUAAUAAAUACUAUUAGUAUUAUUACUAAUUACUAUUACUAAUUACUAUUAGUACUAUUAGUAUUACUAUUAUUACUAAUUACUAUUACUAAUUACUAUUAGUAAUUACUGUGAAUGUAACUUGGCUUCGUUUUCAAUAAUUUUUAUAUGUUCUUACCUUUCUUAACAUGUUUACAUAUAUCAUUUACCUUUUGGAAUCUCAGGGAAAAUUCAGGGGCUAAUUUUUGGUCCCUGUGUUGCUAUAGAAUCUCUCUUAUAACAGGAAUAAUUUAUUUCAGGCAAAGGAUAUAUAGUAGAAAGAUAAGACCAACUGAGGGCUUUUCCCCAUCAUUUUAUUGUGAAAAUUUUCAAACAUACAGCAAAGUUGACAGAAUUUUACAGUAAAUACCCAAAUAAUAACCACAUGGAUUCUACAUUUUACUCUACGUUUUAUUACUUAUCUAUUCAUGUUACUUUUAUCGUGUAUUUCAAACUAAAUUGCAGGCUUCAGUAUACUUCCUCCUAAUACUUCAAUAUACAUAUCAUUAAGUAGAGUUUAAUAUUGUUUAGUUGUUAAAAUUUUUGAUGUGCACUUACAUGCAAUGAAAUGCACGAAUGUUGAGUAUAAAUUUACUGAGUUUUAACAAAUACGUACACCUGUGUAACCCAAACUCUUUUCAAAAUUUAGAACAUUGCAGUCAUCCGAGAAAGUUUCUUCAUGCUCUUUCCCAGUCAGUCCCCACCCCACCUCAAGUGUAGCUACUGUUCUGGUUAUUUUUCCUCACAGAUUGAAUUUGCCUAUUCUAAAACUUCAUAUAAAUGAAAUGAUACAAAGCAUAAUGCUUCUUUCACUCAGCAUGUUUUUAAGAGUAAUUCAUGUUGCAUGUAUCAGUCGUUCGUUGCUUUUUGUUGAGUGUUCUUUUGUAUGAAUAUUUCACAGUUUGUUUUUUCUCUUUUCCUGUUGAUGGACACCUGGGCUGUUUCAAUUUUUAUUUUUACUAUUAUGAAUAAAGCUGCUGUUGACAUUCUUGUACAAAUUUUUUUGUGAACAUAUGUCUUUGUUCCUCUUGGGUAAAUAUCUAAGGAUGGAAUUGUUGGGUCCUAGAGUAGGUGUAUGUUUAGUUAAAUAAGAAACUGCCAAACCUUUUUCCCAAAGGAUUGUACCAUUUUACAUGCCUACAGCAAUGUAUGAGACUUCCAGUUGCUCCACAUUUUCUCCAACAUUUGUGGUUGUUAGUCUUUUUAUCUUAGUAUUUAUGGUGGGUGUAUAAUCAUUUCUAGUUGGUAUUUAGAUUGUUUCUACUUGUGCCUAGCAACCCUCUUGUCAGGCCGACCUCUUUAUCCUUUGUAACACCGCUCCCCUCCCAAGAACUGCUAAAAACCUUUCCUUGUGAUAAUAGUUAAGAAAACCCAAAAUUCAGCUUGAGUUACUCUUUCAGAAACAUGGAAUACAUUGCUCACCAAAGAACCCUGUUUUCUUUAAUGGAGACCAACACUAGAGAACAAACCUGGGUUGCUGAGAGUACACGUUAGACUAUUCCAGAUGACUCCUGGAGCUGGACAGGAUGGCACCAGAGAGGAGGCUAUGUAGAGUAUUGUAAUAAAAGCAGAAUAUCGCCUUUCUCCUUUAAAGAUUAUGAGUCAUUUUAUUUCUAAAUCAGGUGAAUUUUUGCUGUAAUAUGAAAACGUAUUAAACUUUAUCCUUUCCCAAUAACUACAGUGGAUCUCAAUGUGGUUUUAAUUUAUAUUUCCUUAUUAAAUAAUGAUGGUAAGCACAUUUUCAAGUGUUUAUUUGCCGUGUAUAAAUUUUAAAUUUACUGAGGUAUAAUGGACAUAAAACAAACUGCACAUAUUUGAAGUGUACAAUUUGAUGUUUUGCCAUGUGUACAACCAUGAAAACAUCACCAUAAUCAAGUUAAUGGACAUGUCCAUCACCCCAAAAAAAGUUUCCUCUUGCUUCUUUGUCAUCCCACCAUCCUGCCUCUCUCCCCCACUUCCCAGCACAGCCACUAAUCUGUUUCUAUCCCUUUAGAUUAGUUGGAAUUUUCUAGAAUUUUAUAUAAAUGGAAUCACAGAGUAAGUACUUGUUUUUUCUGUCUUCUUUCACUCAGUAUGGUUAUUGUGAGAUCCAUCUAUGUUGCAGUACCAAUGGUUUAUGUCUUUUUGUUGCUGAGUAGUACUCCAUGGUAUGCAUAUAACACAAUUUGUUAAUACAUUCACCGGUUGAUGUAGAUUUGGGUUGUUCCAUUUUUUGGCUA